AUGACAACUCCAAGAAGAAAGACUUUCUCACUUAAGUACAAAGAACCUAAGCUUGACAGUCUGAAAGGUUUGAUCUCUGAUUUGACUCUCAGUAAGCAUGAUGACUUCGGAAAAGACUAUGGGAAAAUUUUGAGCCUUCUGACUAAGAAAGUUGAUUAUGGGAUUAUCAGCUCUUUGGCACAAUAUUAUGAUCCGCCUCUAAGCUGUUUCACAUUCGUUGAUUUCCAACUAGCUCCUACUUUGGAAGAAGUCGAGAGAAUUGUGGGUCUAAAGUUGAAAUAUUUCAAUCCAUUUCCAAAGCUCGAAGAGGAAGUGGGCCUAAAGAAGAUAAAUUUAGCCCUAAGUAUCAAUGUCCCAACUGUUCUAGCCAAUUGGGUCGAGAAAGGGGGUUUCAAAGGUUUUGCCACGAGGUUCUUAGAAGAAUUAGCUCUGAAGUUCAAGAAGGAAGGAAAUUGGAAUGCAUUCUAUGUUGUGUUGGCUUUAUUGAUCCAUGGGAUUGUGCUCUUCCCCAACAUUGAAAAGUUUGUAGAUCAUGUAGCCGUAGAAGUCUUUCUCUCUGGAAAUCCUGUACCAUUUCUCUUAGCUGACAUUUACCAUGCCCUUCACACUCGACAUGAAAAGAGGGGUGGAACUUUGUUAUGUUGCGCUCCUUUGCUUUAUACUUGGUUCAUGCAACAUAUGCCCGAAAAAGGCCCUUUUGUGGCAAAGGAACUUAAAUCUCCUCAAAGAUUAACUUCUCUCACUGUAAGUUCUAUCAGAUGGUAUAUCCGAGAGUGGGAAACCCCAGACAUCAUUGUCAGUUGUGGGGAAUUUUCUAAUGUGUCAUUGUUAGGUACUAUGGGUUGCAUCAAUUAUAACCAUAUGUUAUCUUGA